UCCAUGGUUAGCAGUAACGUGCUGGGAGGCAUGUAGUUCCAAAUCCGGCGGAAGUAAAGCAGUAAAGACAUUGUGUGGGAAGUAAAGCCAAUGUCGAAUCAGACAAGAGCUGCUUUCCCGUGCAAGAACUUUACAGAAAACGACUAGUUUUUUUUUACUGCUUCCCGGAUUUGGGGUAUGAAAACAUGGCGGUAAAAACGAGACGGCAAGCUUACAGAGAACACACCCAGCCGCAAGACAGCUCCGCAGACAAACCUAAAAGUCCAAGCGCAGCUAGCAACAGACUAACAUCAAAAAGAGGAGUCAGGGACAACAAACAACCUCCCAACAUCAGCUUGAUACAGAACAGCAAAAUUGCUGCGAGCAUCAAGAGUAAGCUGGGGCCGAGUCCGAGUGCUGUCAUUAAAAUAGCAACCACUCUGAUUAUAGCCGCUGUAGUUGGAAUUUUACAUUGGUACCACAUUUCUAAUCUUUUUGAAAAUGACAGACAUUUUUCUCACCUUUCAAGCCUGGAAAAGGAGAUGGCUUUUCGUACAGAAAUGGGGCUUUACUAUUCAUAUUUCAAGACAAUUAUUGAGGCUCCCUCAUUUUUUAGUGGAUUACAUAUGGUGAUGAAUGACAGGUUAACAGAGUAUCCUCUUGUUAUUAACACUCUGAAGAGGUUCAAUCUGUACCCUGAGGUGGUCCUAGCCAGCUGGUACAGGGUUUACACUGCAAUAAUGGGAGUCUUAGGUAUUGCAACCAAAAUGUGCUGGUCAGUCAACAGGGGAGAUGGAUUAAAACCAGUUGAAAGCUGUGAAGGUUUGGGAGACCCAGCUUACUUUUAUGUCACAUUCGUGUUUAUACUAAAUGGGUUGAUGCUGGGUUUGUUUUUUAUCUACGGGACAUAUUUAAGCGGAAGCAGACUUGGUGGCUUGGUCACAGUAUUGUGCUUCUUUUAUAAUCAUGGUGAGAGUACACGAGUCAUGUGGACUCCUCCCUUGCGAGAGAGUUUCUCUUACCCAUUCCUUGUGCUUCAGAUGCUGCUUUUAACAUACAUCCUCAGGAGUCCAAGACCAGGAAAAUUUGCCUUUGUUGCCCUUGGUGUUUCUAAUGUCUUUUUCAUGCUUCCUUGGCAGUUUGCCCAGUUUGUUUUACUUACUCAGAUUGCAUCCUUAUUUGCUGCGCAUAUUGUGGGUUAUCUGGGCUAUGUAAAGCUACGGUCACUCUUAUAUGUCCACAUGAUUUCCCUGUUAGUUUGCUUUGUUUUGAUGUUUGGAAAUGCCAUGCUGUUAACAUCCUUUUAUGCAUCGUCGCUUGUAACAAUUUGGGGAAUCAUUGAAAAUAGAACACAAAUUUCACAGUUCUGCAAAACAGCUGUUUUGACAUGUGUUGCUCAAGGUGUUGGCUGGUUAAUAUCUACAGUUUUCUUAAAAUUCUUGACUUCUGUCAUUCUCGGAGUUAGUGAUGAUGCCCACAUAAGCAAUUUAAUAAAAUCGAAGUUUACAAGUUAUAAAGAUUUUGAUACACUGAUGUACACCUGUGCUGCUGAAUUUGACUUCAUUGAAAAAGAGACUCCUGUGAAAUAUUUAAAAACGCUGCUUCUGCCUAUUAUUCUCUGCGUGUCUGUGGUAAUUAUAGAAAAGACUAUAACAGAAGUCUGGGGGGUGUUAAGAAUGAGUGAAAAUAAAGGAGAGGGCAGUGAACACACAGUUUCCCAAAAGACAGCAUAUUUUGCAAAUGGAGAGAUGGUUUACCAUGUUUUGCAGUUAAUAGCUUUUACAGUGCUUGCAGUCCUAAUCAUGAGAUUAAAGCUUUUUCUUACUCCUCAUAUGUGCAUUAUGGCAUCAUUGAUAUGUUCGAGGCAGCUGUUUGGGUGGAUAAAAUGGCAAUACAAUCACCAUGGGAUGGUGUUGGUGAUCAUAGUGGUCAUGUCUGUUCAAGGGCUUGCUAACCUGAGGAAUCAGUGGAGCAUCAUGGGAGAGUUCAGUAACAUCCCACAGGAGGAGCUUUUAGAGUGGAUCAAAGCCAACACCAAACCAGAUGAUGUUUUUGCAGGUGCCAUGCCAACAAUGGCAAGUGUUAAGCUGUCAGCAGAGAGACCUGUUGUGAACCAUCCACAUUAUGAAGAUGCUGGGCUGAGAGCAAGAACAAAACUGGUGUAUUCUAUGUACAGCCGCAAAACAGCAGAGGAGGUCAAAUGGAAUUUAAUGAAACUUGAAGUGGAUUAUUUUGUUUUAGAAGAUUCUUGGUGCACAAGACGGACCAGGCCUGGUUGUAGCAUGCCAGAGAUAUGGGAUAUCGAGGACCCUCACAAUGUUGGCAAGACCCCCAUAUGUACAUUGUUGGCUAUUAAUCCCCAACCUCAUUUUGUAAAAGUGUUUGAAAACAAUGUUUACAGUGUCUUAAAGCUUACCAAAGAUACGUAAACAAGUGUACUUUGUGACGGCUAAUAAGAUCUUCAGAUUAACACCUUCAUGUUGUAGCCUAAUGUUUGUUAUUUUACAGGCAGACACCUCUGUUGUGAUCAUUUGGGACCAGGGUCACAAGUCCAUGUUUUAAAAUAUCAGAACUGUGUAGGAAUUUUUAGUAUGUUAAGUUAGGUGUUUUAAUCAGGGAAAUACAGUUGAGUUCAUUUAAAAAUAUUAAUAUGUCUCUCUUUCUUAUGUAUUUUUUAUAUAUAUAUAUAUAUAUAUAUAUAUAUAUAUAUAUAUAUGUAUAUAUAUAUAUAUAUAUAUAUAUAUAUGUAAUAAAUAAAACGAUCUGGUCAGUGUGGUCACCAUGACUGACUCCCUUAUGGUUCAGAGUUAUUCCUUUGUGACAUGUAUAGUAAUUCUUCCAGAGAACAGUCAAAUUUCAUAAUGUCAGAUUACGGUGGAAAAAAAAGCUUGGUGCAAAUGUAUGAGAAAAUAGAAAACAAACCUGUACACAUGAAUGACUUACUGCCCUAAUGCCUGUUUUUUAAUUUUGUUUUAACACUAAUCUUUGCAUGUUUGUUUUUUAACAGUGUUUAAACCAUUCCAUAUGAUUGACUUAAGAACCACUUUGAAGUGCUGACAGAGAAAGCACAGUGUAAAUUAUUGAAUGUGUUUUUGUGUUUAGUUUUUUGGGGUCAUUUCUAUUUCCAAAUAACUUGGGAAGGCAGCCAAUUGAUAGAGACAACCUUUGAAAUGUCAAACAGAAGGCAACUGUUUAUCAUGUUUUUGAAUUUGUUCUUUUUUUAACGCCUUCCUUUUUAAAAUCCAGAUGUACUUAUGAUGCCCCAGAAAUGAAACAUUAACUAGUAAAUUGAUGCUUUGGUAUUUUGCUGAGUAAAAAUAAGGGAUAUGUGAUUUCCUUCAGUUACAUCUCAGAUUUCUAACUUUUUUUGUUCUUUUUAUUUUUUUGUUUACCUCAAGUUGUUACAAUAUUAUAGUGCAAUUAAUCUUGCACUAUAGUAAAGUGCAGGAUGCCAAAAUGUUUAAUCUCUUCAUUUAGGGCAAAGUGAGCACAUAACAAGUCAUAUGCAAAAAAUAUUGCUAUUGUAUUACCAUUUGUGCUGCUUGUACUUAAACCCAUGUGCAAAAGAGUUCUACAAAUAUAGGGUCUUGACAAUAAAGUGUACUUUUUAUAUAUCCUUUGAAAAAAAAAAAAAAAAAGAUGUCUUUUGAAGUUGUGUUACACAAUUAUUUGAUUAUUGGGUAGAUAUGGUGAAUGGUAGAAGUAAAACUAAUGUCUGUAUAUUCAUGAGGCAAUAAACUGGUACACCAAAAGUAGGAGAACCUAAAUGCAGCACAUAUGCUUGGCUACUGAGGAUUAGCUAAUCCUGACCAAUAAUUGCACAUGAUCUCCUUUGACACACAAAUAGUUUUUUUUUUACCCCAAGAAAUUGCUAUUGAAGAUUGAGCAAUAUAUUCUGUUUUUUUAAAGAUUGAAACAUGAGUUUAUCUUGAGCCUGCUGCAGUUAUUUUUAGACCUAGAAGUCCUUGUUCAUUUAUUAGAUUAUUCUAAUGUCACUGUUAAUUGUGGUAUGUCUGUGGUGAACAUACUUACUAAAACAGUUUUGUUCUGAGCCUGUUAAGCCACCUGAGUUUUUUCCUCCAAUGUAACAAAUCCUUUAUCUGCUAGCACGUACUUUACUGAACAAUAGCCAAUGUUUCAGGACAAACUUGCAGAUCGUCCAUUUAAUAUUGGGAAUAAAUUAGUCCUUUUAAGCUUGUAUAGAUACAGUACCUUGUCAUCCUGCUACAAACACAGUUGUAUCCCUUGUGUUCUGAAUGCAUUAUGAAAUUAAAACCGAAAUAUAUUUGCUUUUUAUUGUAAAAGGGAUUUACUUUCUAUGUUUUAUGUAGUUUUAUUGUUUGUAAAUUAAAGUAGCUUCUCUGGGUA